UCUCCCUGACGAGAGGACUGGAGGAGGCACCUCUCCGAGUCUUAGACUUCAGUCUGAGACUUAGUGAGAGGAGCCCCGGGGAGACAACCCUUCUCUCUUCUUUACCUGUUCUUUUCUUUUACUUACAGACGCAAGCUGAGGCGCGGAGCUUUAGAAAGUUCGCAGUGGUUGGAAGCAGUCCUUGCGCAGUGGGGCCACUCUCUGCAGAGCCAGAGGGUGAGUCGGCUUCUUGGUGAGCGCCUAAGAGAAUGGAUCGCAGGUCCCGGGCUCACCAGUGGCGCCGAGCUCGCCAUCAUUACAACGACCUGUGCCCGCCCAUAGGCCGCCGGGCUGCUACCGCUCUCCUCUGGCUCUCCUGCUCCAUCGCUCUCCUCCGCGCCCUAGCCUCUUCCAACGCCCGCGCCCAGCAGCGGGCUGCCCAGCGCCGGAGCUUCCUUAACGCCCACCACCGCUCCGCUGCCGCUGCAGCUGCCGUACAGGUACUCCCCGAGUCCUCUGAAUCCGAAUCUGAUCACGAGCACGAGGAGGCUGAGCCUGAGCUGGCCCGCCCCGAGUGUCUAGAGUACGAUCAGGACGACUACGAGACCGAGACCGAGACCGAGACCGAGACCGAGACCGAGACCGAUUCUGAGACCGAGCCUGAGUCCGAUAUCCAAUUCGAGACCGAGCCUGAGACCGAGCCUGAGACCGCCCCUACAACUGAGCCUGAGACCGAACCAGAGGACGAGCGCGGCCCCCGGGGCGCCACCUUCAACCAGUCACUCACUCAGCGUCUGCACGCUCUGAAGUUGCAGAGCGCCGACGCCUCCCCGAGACGUGCGCAGCCCACCACUCAGGAGCCUGAGAGCGCAAGCGAGGGGGAGGAGCCCCAGCGCGAGCCCUUAGACGAGGAUCCUCGGGACCCCGAGGAGUCAGAGGAGCGCAGGGAGGUGAUCAGGCAGCCCCGCCGCUGCAAGACCAGGAGGCCAGCCCGCCGUCGCGACCAGUCCCCGGAGUCCCCUCCCAGAAAGGGGCCCAUCCCCAUCCGGCGUCACUAAUGGGUGACUCCGUC